AUUUUGUUCAUUCUGUGCCCUUACCUUCUCAAGUUGGCCAGGUUUCUUCAUUACCAUUCUCUUUCACUCAGGAAACAAGCACAGUGAGGGUAUGACAUAGCAUCACGUUUCAAAUUAACUUCAAAAUGCAGAUCAUAAGGGGCAAGACAAUAAAAGGCGUGAGCAUGCUUCUCUGUGGCUUACUGCUAAUCUACUGCCAGAUCACACAUGUGGGGGCUGAAGACAUAUAUGUGGCAGAAGUGAUGAUCGAAGGUAAUGCAACCAUGGACGUAUCUGGUUUCGUGUCUGAAAUGAUAAUGCCCAUCACAGACACUGUGUCCAUCGUGGAUGCUGAAAUAAUAGCCGAAUGUGAGCUCGUUGGUGAUGAGACGACAUGCUGGUGUCAGCCCAAUUACAUUUGGAGUGACCUAGUGUGCGACACUGUACCUGCCUGCUGUAACACUUUACAGUGUGUGGCGAAUAUAUCCGAUUUCACACCAUUGUGUGUGUCUCAAGUGAACGUUACCCUUUAUGGAAUCAUAAUCAUGUCACCAAUAUACAACCUUCAAACGAGCCUGGAAACUGAGUUCAAGAAAUUGAAUGGGUUCAACUCACUCACCACACUAUCAACUCCUAACGGUCAAGACUUCACAGUGACUCUCAAUGCCACGUUUAAGUCUGUGAAAGUUCAAGACAUACUCACAAGACUGAGGACGGCCUACUUAUAUAUUUUAGAUAUUAACGUCACAUCAACAGGAUUGGUCUCUAUGGAAAUUCCUCAAGGGAAGGUGUGUUAUAAUUCACAGUACACGCUAAACUGCAGCACAGAGGAAACAAUGGAGACUUGCACAUGGAUGAUUGCUUAUCCUGGCCAGGCCCCACAGACAAUUGGAGUUGGGACAGAAGUGAUACAGCUGCCUUGUUCAAACCAAACAGCAAUCAGCCUUCUGAACAUAAGAGGGAAUUGGGCAGGAACAUACACCUGCCUACUUACUAAUGGAUCCGUGUCACAUUCAGCCUCAGGAGUUCUCGAGGUCGCCCUCUUACCAGACAAAAUUAAUGUCACAAGCGUGCCACCGACUGCAGAUUGUUCUACGAGUCCAUCCACAUCAGUUACCGUCUCAUGUUCCAUCUUUCAGAAUCAAGAGAAUUACACAGUUACAAUAAACAAUUUACCAUCACAGCAGUCCGUGACCACCGUAAUACAAAACUACACUAUAACUAUUCCCAUCAACUGCAUGGCAGAACAGAUACCAUCAAUCACUGCUUUUUGCCAGAUCGCAAACAGUCUAGACCAGUUACAAAUCACCAAUGCAAGCAUACCAAUAAUAUACCCUGGGGAACCAUUUUGUGAAGAAGAAAACGAAUGGCCAAAAACCAAGGGUGGAGAAACAGCAACUAUACUCUGUACUGCAAUAGGCAAAGUAGGAAAUAUGGAGCGAUUGUGCAAUGGCACAGUAUGGGCUGACCCAGUUGAUCUUUGCACUAAAGAAUCACUGAAUAUAUUACUCUCUGUAGCAGAGGAUUUUGAAAAAGGAAUUGGGGCCACAACAGAAGGUGCAAUUAUCAUCUUUGAGAGUCUGAAGAAUGGCACUUCAACCGAAAACACCUAUGGUGAUGUAAUGGCCACCGUUUCUGUUCUUACAACAAUGAGCGGCGCAUCCAGUAGAGUCGCACUGACUGAUUCACUACUGCCAAAUUUCAUUGAUUCUGCAAGCAGUCUGCUGAACACAACCUGGGGAUCAGCAAAUAAACAGCGUGACUUUGGCCUUGCUACAACAUAUCUAUCGUCUGUUGAGAACCUGGUGAAAAACAUUCAAGUUAAUAACAGUGAUGGACACAAUUCUUCAAACAUCCAACUUCAAUUCUGCCGGAACAGCUCUAUCUGCAAUAAAACCCUUUUCAAUGUAGAACUUGAAUUGAACUCAACUUCUUCCUUGGUGAAAACUAUGGGACUGCAAAGCAUGGCACCACGUCUCCCCAAGGGAAUUUAUCAAGAAUCAAUAUUUCCGUCCUUAGUUGUCACUGCCAUAGUCGAAACCAAAGUCCCAAUAAACAUCAGGAUGGCUUAUCCACUACCUGAAAACGAAUCUGUUGGCAACUCACCUUUCUGCAUAUUUUGGAAUACGACAGAAAAUCAAUGGUCACAGCAAGGCUGUACCUUGUUAAAAAGCUCUGAUAACAUGAGCUACUGCGAGUGCAAUCACCUGACCUCCUUCUCUAUGCUGCUGUCCAAGACUCCUGUUAACCUGCCCUUCUUAGACCAGCUAACUUACAUUGGGUUGGGAAUCUCCAUCUGCUCCCUGAUAGUCUUCCUCGUCAUUGAAUUCUUGGUAUGGAAUGCAGUGGUCAAGUCCAACCUCUCUCACUUCCGUCACAUGUCACUGGUCAACAUUUCUCUGUGUCUUCUCAUAGCUGACUGCAGCUUUGUUGCCUCUUCCUUCCCAAACAUUCUGAAUGACACUUUAUGUCUUGUAUUGACACUUGCCAAGCAUUUCUUCUACCUGGCCAUGUUCUUUUGGAUGCUCUGCUUGAGCAUGAUGCUCCUCCAUCAGCUCAUUUUCGUCUUCAAUCCACUGAGAAAAAGAGUGUACAUGCCUCUCGCCAUCAUUGUUGGGUAUUUUUGCCCAAUGGCGGUAGUGACAGUGACCUAUCUGUACUACAACAAGAGAACAGAUGUAACCUACUACAGCCGAACUACCUGCUGGCUGACAUAUGUAUCAUCAUUGCAAGGAUCCCUCUACGCUUUUCUCUUUCCUAUCGGCGUCAUUGUGUUUGCUAACUUAUGCUCAAUGGUGGUGGUCAUUUCAACUCUGCUGAAACCUGCUGCAACCGAGAACACCAAAAAGGAUGACAAAGAGGCAGCCAAGAGUGUCAUCAAAGUGAUUGUUUUUCUAACGCCAGUUUUUGGUGGGACCUGGAUUUUAGGGCUUUUUGUGUUUCUGAUGGAUGACAACAAGUUCACCAAGGUUUUAAUCAAUUACGCCUUCACCAUUGUUAACUCCUUACAGGGCUUGUUCAUUUUGCUGACAGGAUGUUUUGGAGAAAAAAGAGUUCGAGAUGAAAUUGUGAAACUUGUCACUUCAUCGCUGGGAUCCAAAAGUGAAAGCAAGACAUCUUCAGGUCAAAAGUGAAGGGAUUAUACUACAGUAGAUCGAGGGCUGAAGAUUAGCCAGUUUUACAGCAGCAGUACGCAGAGCAACAGACACAAUGGACCACAGGAUGCUGUACAGUAAAAAGUUCAUCACAGAAGAUAAUAGAGACUUAUUUAGCAAAUAUCCAACAGCACUUUGCAUUAGCUGAUGUGCAGGUCAAGUCAUUUGAAGGAGUCCCCUUAAUGACAGCAGAUUUGAUUUAGAUUAUAUCUCUUUGUAAAAGAGCAGAUACUGUGUGCUUUAUAUAUACACACAUUUUCACCUUUUUAUGCCUUUUACCUGUAGUUUUGCUUCUUUUGCUAUUCUGACUGCAGUAAUAUAAUUGUUCAUAUAUUGUACAAAGUAUGUUUUUUUUUUCUAAACAGACAGUGGACACUUAUACAGGUAAUAAAAUUGUCAAUAAUAUAUAGCAAAAUAUUUCCCAGUUGCACUUUCUGUGUUGGUGUGUGGUAAAAUAUGUCAGUGUAAGACUGUUUAUAGGAAACUUAUGGGAAAUUUUGUUUUUAUUUAUGAACAUAGAAUAUAAUUGCACACAGAACUUAACAAAUUACCAAAUAAACCCCUUAUUUUUACCUCAGUUCCUGUUCACUAGCCUGAUUUUAUUGUUUGAAAAUCCAAACACCUUAAAAGCAAGACCUAGGUCAGGUAAAAUCAUUCAACAUGUACUGUAUUGUGUAGUUAAAUGUAGUAUUAUUUCAGGCAUUCAAAAAAAAACACACAUUUACUGGGAAUUUUGGAUUGUCUGUAAAGCAUUAUAAUAAUGCCAAAGGUGAGAGCUACUUUGCCUGCAGUAAAAGUAUCAAAUGAUUAACCUUUGCUACCUAAUGCCUCCUCAUUAGCAUUUGUUUACCACUUACCAGUCAGUGUUCAUCUCCUUCAGAGGUCAAGGAAGUAGAUAAGUUACUAGAAGGACCAGAAAUACUGCAUAUUUCUCUGACGAAAUCAGGAAAACCAUGGAUUAACUUUAGAAUUCCACAACAUUAGCACAAAAUAAUGCAAUCUUCCAUCAGGUUUCAAAAGUCUCUGUUGACUGCAGAUAAAAAGUAAAGUGUAACCAAUUCAUUCUGCUUUCAUUGUUGAAUGAGCUACAGUGGGGUAAUUUCACUGUUGGAUAGUGCCGUUAUCUACAUUUCCACAGAGUAAGCAAACAGCCACACCAGUGCCCCAUCCAGGGCACACUGCUGCUUCUUACCCAGUGUUCCUGAGACUGGCUCAGGACACAACGUGACCUUGACCAGGAUAAAGCAGUUACUGAAGAUGAAUGAAUGAAUAUUUUACCAUUUUUGUGCAGGGGAAAUGCAUUUUAUAAAUUAAUUGAUGCCAUAGUGAUUAAAUAAAGUGUGUAUCCCAAAUUCUUGUGUUUGGAAAAAUGCUUCUAGUUUCUUUAAAGUUUUAAUCAGAAUUUUUAGUUCCUGGUAAGCAUUAGCCAUGGGUAUUGAGGAAAGACUGAACACAUUCAUUGGAUCAGUGUACAGAUAUAAGAUCUUUUUCAGGUCUAACAUUAUGAUGCUCACCUGCCUAUACUGUACCAUUACAGCCUGCCUGUGACUUAUAACCUAAUCACCGAAACCAUUUAUGAUGUCAAGAGGUGGAGAUAAAGUUUGGCAAAACAGAAAUCCACUAGUCCUUAGUAUAACAAGAAAGGAGUAACUUCCUUGUCUAUUAGGCACUAUUCGAUAUUAGCAUAAAGUGACAUUAUGAUUGCUUCUGUAAAAUGUACAGCAGGUUGUUCUUAUGAUUAUGAUUUCUAGUAUUUCUUUGUUCAGCAAUUCUGAACUUCAAAGCUCUCUUCUACUUUCCACAUACAAUAAACCACACAGACCUUUCAAUACAUAACUCUCAGUCUAUUAGGUUAUUUUACUUCUGUCAAUCAUUCACUCACUCAUCUUCAGUAACGUCUUUAUCCUGGUUACGUUUGACGUGAAUCUGGAGGCUGAGGCAGAAACACUACUCACUGCACCACUGCACCGUGUUCACUGUCAUAACACAGCAAAUUUCAAAUGUUUAGUGCAUUCAUUUGGACAUGGAAUUUGCCAGAGGAAUUCGCCAGAGGAUCUUGGAUGCAGACAUAACUGUAUCAUACGCAAAUCCGAAUUGUACUGAGAACUGGUCUCUUUAAAGUGAAGGACAGGAGUAGAAGGGGACUGAGAAAUUGUGCAUAACAACAGAUCAACUACAAUCAGGUUCGAUGUGUUGUGCAUUCAGAGGUGCUUUUCUGCUCACCACGGUGCUAAAGAGUGAUUAUUUGUGUUACUGUAGACUUCCUGGCUGCUCGAAGCAAUCUGGCCAUUUUCCUCCAACCUCUCUUAUCAACAAGGUGUUUCCACCCACAGAACUGUCGCUCACUCAAGGUUUUUUUUUUUUUGCACCAUUCUGUGUAAACACUAGAGACUGUUGUGUGUGAAAAUCCCAGGAGAUCAGCAGUUUCUGAA